CGAUGUUUGUUGUCCUUAGAUACAACCUGGGACAUCGUGGACCUGGAAGUCGUCUGACACGAUUUCAAUAAAAUAGUCAAAAUAUCAUCCCAAACUAAAUACGUCCGCUGUCGCAGCGGCAAGAUGACGACCGAAGAUGCAAAGACUUAUCUCUCCAAGCGGGAAAUUCCACGUUUGUUCGAGAGUCUGAUGACUGGGCUGAUGUUCCAUCGGCCGUCAGACCACAUCCAGUAUCUGCUUGACUGUCUCGAGAAGGUCAAGAACAAUGGCCAGGUCACAUGGAACAUGUUUGUGGAAUACAAGCGCUCCAAAACACCACUUCCACCCAUCACACCCGAGAACGGCAAACGUCCUGGAUCUCGAGGGAGGAGGUCAACCACACCUAAAAAGGAGAUGACACCCCUGGAUGAGAAGCGGUCAUCCCCGCUGCCCCCUAUUGGUUCGGUCGCGGUGGAGAAAGUGAAAGCAGAGGGCAUCCCUGAUGUGCCCAUUGUUCUUGUCAUGGGUGGCCCUGGCAGUGGGAGAUGCACACAGGUGGACACCUUGCUGACACGGGUGGAUGGCUGGGUCCACAUUUCCAUGGGCGACCUCAUCAGACAGGAACUGAGCAACCGCAGUGCUGCUGAGGAGAAGUGGAAGAUGGCUGCAGAGCUUGUGUCUGAGGGAGAGUUCAUAUCAGAUGAUUUGUGUCAUGAGCUGUUCCUGCAGUCUCUCCAGAAAAACACAAAUGCCAAGGGAUUCCUCAUCAGUGGCUACCCUCGGAAUGAGAAGCAAGUGGAUGACUUUGAGAAAUCUGUGGGUCGUGUUGACCUAGUGAUGCUGAUUGACAGUGAGGAGACCUUCCUGUCGAAACGUCUCCUUCAGCAUAGUGCCACCAACAACCGCAGCGACACCAACAUCCACGCCGUACAGAAGCGGCUCCUGCUCUUCAAGGAACAAACACUGCCGGCCAUCAAAUACUACGAUGACCAGGGGAAAGUCAUCAUUUUUGAGGGUGAUCAGGAAGCCAGGACACUAGGAGAGCAGAUGGUGGUCGUGUUUGACACCAAGAUUCUGGGGAAGGAGGAGGUCUCUGGCUACAAUACAGUGUCAAAGCCUCAGUCCCGUAAGGCGUCCCGUGAAGGGUCCCGUAAGGCGUCCCGUGAAGGGUCCCGUGCGGCCUCCCGUGAAGGGUCCCGUGUGGCGUCCCGUGAAGGGUCCCGUGUGGCAUCCCGUGAAGGGUCUCGUGUGGCGUCCCGUGAGGGGUCCCCACCUGCCAAGGUGAUACCAUCAGCUCCACCCUCCUCUAGCGGAGCUGUGGAGAAAGUCAAGGUGGCAGGGAUCCCUGAUGUACCCAUUGUCCUUGUGAUGGGCGGUCCUGGGUGUGGCAAACUGACCCAAAUUCAGAAGCUGCUUACACACGAGGAUGGCUGGGUCCACGUAUCCAUGGGUGACCUCAUCAGAAAGGAAGUGUCUGAAAGAGGCUCUGGGGAGGAGAAGUGGAAGAUGGUCGGUGACCUCAUGUCUCGGGGCGAGAUGGUCUCAGAGGAAGAUACCUGUGACCUGUUUGUCCAAACCCUGCAGAAGAACACAGCAGCCAAGGGCUACAUCAUCGAGGGCUAUCCCCGGGACAUGAAACAGGUUGAAGAUUACAGGAACACUGUUGGUCGUGUUGACCUUGUGAUGGUCAUUGACUGCCAGGAAACCUUCCUGUCCAAACGCUUGUUGAAGCGUGGCGCCACCAACAAUCGCCUCGACGACAACAUUCAGGCAGUACAGAAGCGGCUCCUGCACUUCAAGGAAAACACGCUGCCCGCCAUCAAACACUUUGAUGACCAGGGGAAAGUCAGGAUCUUUGAAGGAGAUCAGGAUGCUGAAUCUCUAGGGCAGGAGAUGGGGGCAGUGUUUAACAGCAUCAUCCUGGGGAAGGAGGGUAUCCGAGUGCCAACCCCUCCCUCUCAACCUAAACCAGAUCGUAAGAGAAGUGCGAAGGUACGAACACCUAACACUGAGGCAUCAGCCACCAAUGAUGUCCCUGACUUCCCUGCAAUCCCGGUCAACUUGCCGCCCGCAGAGAUCAAGGUCCCAGAUGAAGGUCGCAAGUCAGGAUUUCCUGAGUGCCCAAUCAUAUUUGUAACAGGCGGACCCGGCAGUGGUAAAGGCAGCCAGUGUAAGAGAAUUGUGGAGCGUUACGACAACGUCGUCCACCUCUCCAUGGGGGACAUCCUCCGCACUGAGAUCUCCACCAAGGGCACAGCCGACGACAAGUGGGAUAUGAUCAGCACCCUGCUGCAGAAGGGAGACAUGGCUCCAGAGGAUGUGACGAUCGAGCUGCUGACGUCAAACAUACAAAAACAUCCUGACGCCCGGGCUUUCAUCAUCGAGGGCUAUCCCCGGGAUGAGCGGCAGUUGGAGGAGUUCAACAAACAUGUCGGUGGGCUGAGUUUUGUGGUGCUGCUGGACUGUGAGGAGUACUACCUGCAGGAGAGGCUCAUCAACCGUGGCGCUGACAGCGGCAGACCCGAUGACAACCUCGGAGCCAUCGGGAAGCGGAUCAGCUUCUUCAAGGACAACACUCUACCUGUGCUGAAAUACUUUGACGACCAAGGCAAAUUGGUGGUGGUGAUGGGAGACCGAGAUGAAGACGAUGUUUUCUUUGAGCUUGCCAACACUCUUGACUUCGCUCUGUUUGGGCGUAAACCAUCGGCACUUGAGGCUGUGCCACCCAAGACUGGAGAAGCCGCCCUGCAGAACACCAAGGUGGUGUUUGUUGUGGGUGGACCCGGCAGUGGUAAGGGUACACAAUGUGCAAAGAUCGUGGAGAAGUACGGCUUCACCCACCUUUCCAGUGGUGACCUCUUGAGGGCAGAGGUCGCAUCAGGGUCAGAUCGUGGCAAGAGGCUGAAUGAAACGAUGGAGAAGGGUGAUUUGGUUUCACUGGAUGAGGUCCUGCUGCUGCUGAAGGAAGCCAUGUUGGCCAAGGCUGCCUCUAGUAAAGGUUUCCUCAUCGAUGGCUACCCCCGGGAACUGGACCAGGGGAAGAGGUUCGAGAGCGAGGUGGCGCCAGCAGAGUUUGUCCUAUACUUUGAGGUGGCUGAUGAAACGAUGACUGCGAGACUCCUGGAUCGGGCAAAGACAAGUGGGCGUGUGGACGACAAUGAGGAGACGAUCAAGAAGAGGCUGAAGACCUUCCACGAUGUGACCACACCUGUUGUAGACUACUACCAGUCUCAGGGCAAAGUGAAAAAGGUUGCAGCCGAGGUUGGCCCUGAUGUUGUCUUCAAGGAGGUGGAGAAGAUAUUUGAUGCCUUCACAGCACCUACAAGCGGCCCUGCACUGAAGGAUGCAAACGUUGUGUUUAUUGUCGGUGGCCCAGGCAGUGGGAAGGGAACACAAAGUGCCAAGAUUGUGGAGAGAUAUGGGUUCACUCAUCUGUCCAGCGGUGACCUCUUGAGAGCAGAGGUCGCAUCAGGAUCAGCACGGGGGAAGCACCUGACGGCCAUCAUGGAGAAAGGUGACCUUGUACCGCUGGACGAGGUCCUGCUGCUGCUGAAGGAAGCCAUGGUGGCCAAGGCUGCCUCCAGUAAAGGUUUCCUCAUCGACGGCUACCCCCGGGAACUGGACCAGGGGAAGAGGUUUGAGAGUGAGAUUGCUGUGGCAAAGUUUGUGAUGUAUUUCAAUGUCCCUGACGAUGUGAUGACGAAGCGUCUCCUAGAACGGGCCAAGACGAGCGGUCGAGUGGACGACAACGAGGAGACGAUCAAGAAAAGGUUGCUGACGUUCCACAACAUCACAACCCCUGUCAUUGAUUACUACAAGGAGCAGAACAAAGUCCGAGAGAUUGAGGCUGUUGGAACGGUGGAUGAAAUCUUCAGUAAUGUGGAGAAAGCUUUUGAUGCUGAAUUUAAACCAAAUACAGAGGGCCUGAAGGAUGCCAAGGUGGUCUUUGUUGUCGGUGGACCAGGCAGUGGGAAGGGAACACAGUGCAGCAAGAUCGUCGAGAAGUACGGCUUCUGUCACCUAUCAUCAGGGGACCUCCUCCGGGCCGAGGUGGCCUCAGGGUCAGACCGUGGAAAGAAGCUGAAUGAGAUCAUGGAGAAGGGAGACCUGGUGUCGCUGGAUGUGGUCCUUGACCUGCUGAAGGAAGCCAUGGCUGCUAACCUCACCAAGUCCAAGUGUUUCCUCAUCGACGGCUACCCUCGAGAGAUGGAGCAAGGGAAGAGGUUCGAGAAUGAGAUUGUCAAAUGUGCAAGCGUACUGUAUUUUGAUGCCUCUGACGAGUCCAUGACGUCCCGAUUAUUGGAGAGAGGGAAGAGCAGUGGGCGUGUGGACGACAACGAGGAAACCAUCAAGAAGCGUCUCAAUACCUUCCACAACCAGACACAGCCAGUCAUCGAUUUCUACAAGGAUCAAGAUAAACUUGUUCAGAUCAAGGCGGAGAGUGGGCCGGAUGAAGUCUUCGUGGAGGUGAAAAAUUACAUGGACAACCAGAAGUGGUGAGAUCGCCAGCAGUUGUUCGUGUUGCGUCAAGUGACUGGUGCGCAUGGAAUCCUUCAGUGGAAUCCUAGAGAUCCUGCUAUGGACAUUAAACAGUGGGCAGCAAUGUAACAUAAAUGUAUUCAGUAAUGAGACAUUGUUCUGAAAGUGUAACUUUGUAAGAAAAUAAAACAACGUAAGCAAGCGUACCAGGGUAAUACUGUACAAGAAUGUUACAGUGUGAGGAAAUGUAACAUUAAUGUAUCGUUGUAAAAGUCUAUAACAUAAGAAAAUGUAGCAAUGUAGCUGUUUUUUACAGUAAUGGAACAAUGUUCAGAAAAUGUAAGUUUAACAGAGUAACAUAAAACUUAACAUUGUAAGAGAAUGUAGCAAUGUAAGAAAGUGUAACAUUCAUAUAACAUUGUAAGAAACCUACAAGGAUAUGUAACAUUAUGAUGACAGUGUUGGUGCAGGGCUAUAUUUGGAUGUAUUCAGUCUACUGUCAGAGUCCAGUGCUUGAAGUAGGAAGUCAUGAUAUUUUCAGCCAGUGAUACCUGUAUUCAUAACUCAGAGAGCACAACAUAUUUUGUACAUUUAUACAAUGUAAAUAUAAUAAAACUCCCCAAUCUCAUUAAAAUCAGAUCUUUGUUUUCGCUACCGCUAACCAAAGAUCUGAGGACAUCCCAUUACGGGUCACGU